AUGAAAAAUAAAGGUGAUUGGCCUAAAGUGGUUAUGCUUGCGAAAUUCACCAUUACUUCUAUGUACCUCUUAAUCGGUAUUCCCGCUUAUUUAACUUAUGGCCGAUCCACAAAAUCUCCUAUAUAUCUCAGCCUCCCACCCGGUUUCAUUGUUGAUAUUACUAUGAUAAUGAUCACUAUGCACGUUCUUUUUGCCCUUCCUGUCUAUCAAACUGCUUUCUCUUUAGAAUUAGAGAAUUAUUUUUUUGCAAACAUUCCUUAUAGAAUUAAUGAGUUCAUUUUACGUACAAUCAUUCGUUUAACCCUUGUAAUUUUCACUAUAUAUAUCGCAAUAACUGUACCAUAUUUUACCAAUAUCAUGUCAUUAUUAGGUGCAUUAGGUAAUGGUGUUUUAUUAAUGAUUUUACCAAUAUCUGUUUGGAUAAAAUUAUUUGGUUGGAAUCAUAUCCCAAGUUUUGAAAAAUUUUGGGUCAUUUUUAUUUUAUUUUUCGCUCUUUUUGGUGCUAUCGUUGGUACUUGGGAUGCAUUAAGUGCUUUAACGACAGAAAUGAUGGGCGGAAAUUGA